UCUAAGAAUUUAGGAAAUGCCAGGUAUAAUAAGGAUAAAAGGACAACAAAAUAAAAGUUUUAAUGCUCCGUGAUAAGGAAAAGGUUUGAGUUGAACUGUAGACAAGUGAUUUAAAGUAUUCUAAAUAUUUUAGAUUAUCGCUAGAAAACUACAAUCCGAUGCAACACGCUUUUAGGCACUUCCUUGUCCUGUGGAGAGGAUGAAAUCGUGACGUCGGCGGAUUGGUUUGGUGGUAACAGCGCCACGAAGGAAACCUUCGACCGACCUGAAGAACGAACGCGGAGACGCCGGGAGAGCACAGUUCAUUCACUUGAUACUGCGUUGUAGCAGGCUAAAAUAGCGACAACAGCCAGUGACGAUUGAUGAAAAUGCUUUGCUAGGAAUCACAGGUUUAGGCUGGUGAUAAACUCUGCAGCGCCGCACUAGGGGGUUCACAUAGCUCCGACAGACUAUCCCCGCCGCUGUCCAUUCGCCGUCUAUGUCUCCGAGUUUCAAGCGUGCGUGGCCAUGUCCUCGGUGAACAAGAAUGAGGAGCAGAGAUGGGUGCCAACUCACGUGCAGGUAUUAGUAGUACGGGCUCGUGGGUUACGCGCCAAAGGCAAACAUGGCACGAGCGAUGUAUACACCCUUAUCCAAGUGGGCAAGGAGAAAUACUCCACGUGCGUUAUGGAGAAAACCACAGAGCCGGAAUGGGGAGAGGAAUGCUCGUUCGAGCUGUUGCCGGGAAUCCUGGAGGAAGGAGGCCGCGAUGUAUGUCCUCCAGGGAACUGUGAUUUGACCCUCACCGUGAUGCAUCGAGCUCUUAUCGGGCUAGAUGUGUUCCUGGGCCAGGCCGUUAUACCGUUGGAUAAGGCAUUCAACGACAGGACAUGCAUGAAAAACGAGUGGUGCAGGCUUCACUCUAAGACUGGCAAGAAGGAGAAGGAGAGAGGCGAGCUGCAGGUGACUGUGCAGUUUACGCGUCACAACCUGACGGCCAGCAUGUAUGACCUCAGCUUGAAGGACAAGCCUCGCUCCGCCUUCAUCAGGCUGCGUGAGCGCAUGCGUGCGCGAAAGCGCAACAACGACGAGGAGUCCUCCUCGGCCAUCGUGCCCGGGGGCUAUGGGGUGCUAACCCGUGUGAGGGGGCGGCUGCCGAGUGAUGGGGGUGGGGAGGAAGACUAUGAGGACGAUGAAGGUGGUGAGCUGAGAAGGAGCAAGAUGAGGAAUUACUUCCUAUAUGGGCGCUUAAGGAAGUCUUCGGACACACGCUCCAGCACCUCGCUGUGCUCCGAGAGCAGCGAGUCAUCGUCCAGAGGAGGCAGCCUCAGCCCCACUGCUGGCAUCAGUGUUGUGGUGUCUGACCUUUCCAACUCCCCCAGCAACAGCAGCAACCUGACUGCAGAUAACAGCCCAGAGCAGACAGUAGCCCCCUCACCGCAGGUCUCCCCAGACAGACACCUGUUUUAUGAUGAGGCAUGUGACGCCAGCAUCCCACUAGCUCUAUCUGCAACCACCAAUGUUGAUGGUCUCAUUCUUCUGCCCUCUGUCUGCGUGAACGGGAAUCCAGUGGAAACGUCUCCCCUCACUCACCAACCCCCAUCAUUGAUACUACAGCAACCCAAGCCACAGAUACAGAUCCAGCAAGAACCAACCAAAACCCCACCUCAGACAAGUCCACCAGAGAAAGCCAUACUGACUGGGGCCCAGACAGCUCAACCCUCAGAGCCCAAACACCCACCCGGGCCUGAACCUCAGGUUCAGCCACUGAAGGCUGAGUUUAAGCCCAGCAGGCCUGAGCAUCAGUUCCCUGCCCUAGGGGUUCUGCAAAAGGGCUCGCCACUCUCCCUGUCCUUGCAGAACCUCUCUCGCCGUGGGGAGGAGCAGCAAGGUGGAGGCCCUCUAGAUGGCCGCCGCUGGUCCUUUGAUAAACCUGGUGAAAAGGAGAAAGCCGCCAUCGCAGCGGAGCUGGAGCAUGUGGUGUUUGUGGCUGAUGAUGCAGUGGAGGCGACCGGUACUGUGAGCGAGACAGAAGUUCACAGUAAAAAGAGGCGGGGCUUGUUCUCACAUGGACGGGUCGAAUCUGCUGGCAAAGGGCAAGGGGCAGGCAAAGACGAGACAGGCCACACCCAAAAUAUUGCUGAAGGAAAACAGAGAGGAUGGUUCACCUCUAAAGACACGUACAGUAAACCAAGCCAGCUGGUGUCUCAUCAGAACGACUUCACAACUAUUACCCUUUCAUCCCUGACCCCCAGUGGCUGGUCACAUGCCAUGGCGGACCAACAGACUAACCCAUUCACUUCACCCCCAUUCCCCUCUCCUGACAACCCUUUCUUCUCGACACUUCAGCAGAAUCCUUUUUUCCAAGAGCUGCAUACUGUUGCUCCUUUAACUCCUGCUUUGCCCUCUUUCUUUAGCCCAGACCACUGCCAACUUGAAGCACCUCCCUCCUUUCCAUGUAACCCCACCCCUUUUGUGGAUUUAGCAAAGACUGGAAGUACAAAGGGAUGCCCAGUGGAUGAAGCACCACAAAUGUCUACAAUGUCUGAUAAAAUUGAUUUAUCAGGUGAUGGAUAUGUAAGCCCCAUUAUUUAUACGGAGUGGGAUGAAUUUAUUGAUGAUAGGCUGAAGACCUUAGAAGAUUUAAAGGAUGACACUCAGAAGAUGACUACUCUCCCUCCUAGCCAGAUCAAAUCAACAGACCAAACAUGUGCUGAUGGUAGCUUUACAUUGUCCAAUAUGGAUGAUACUGUAGUAAAUGUAAAUAACAUUUCAUCAUCAGGCACUUUGAUUGCAGAUGAUUUAAGCUCUUUUACUACACUUGCUCACCUUCCAGGAAGUAAAGCUAAUUAUUUAUCCUCCAACACUUGCAAUACAGAAAUUUGCAAUAAUUUUGUAACUCAGGAAGCUCCAGAAUCUGUCUGUGGUUCAUCCUUACUUCAGAACUUGAACAUGGAGUCCUCUGAACUGAAUGCAUUGGCCUACCCUUCCUCUGCACUCUUGAGCUGUUCUGUGAAUAAAGACAAAGCCAGUGCAGUUUCAGAAACAGAGCUGUCUCAGCUCCCAUCCCAGUAUAAUGCAUCAUGUAGUGAAUUAUCCAUUUUUCCUGGGAGUCCUGAGGCAUCAACACAUAGCAAUGCAUCUUUAGAUUAUUUAGGGCUUAUAAUGAAUGAGAAACCUGAACAUGAUGCUUUCAAGUGCAUUUCCUCCCAAAUUUUAAUAGAUGAUGACACUGCUGGGUCUGCCAAAACUCAUGAGACAUCUGUGCUGUACUGUAGAGAUCUGAGCUCAGAUGAUGCCUUAGAACCUUCUACUGUAAUGACAUCUGGCUCUCUAGGCAGAGAUCAUGACAUCCUGGCCCCAAAGUCCUUACAGACAGGGCUGAGCCACUUCAAACCAGAGGACAGUACUACAGCAAGUAAAGGAGAGCCUCAACUGAAAGAAUCUGUCAUUGAAGAUGGAUCAUGCUUGGAUGCUUCUCUUCCUGCCCUUAAUACAGAGCCGUUACAAUUUUGUACCUUCAUGCCAAAAUCUGAGGCUUUGGUGAGAUGUGACCCUACACAUGAGGCCAUUCCUGUUACAAAUGAAGCAAUACUAAAAUGUCUCUCGGCGGACAUGAUGCUAACUGAUAGUUUCGUACAAGAGAAAACCAUGUCAAAGGUUGAUGCUCUUCAGGAAGUGAUGGGAGGGCCAGAAAAAGAAACUGUAAAAUUAGACCCUCAAAUACGUCAAGUGGAUAAUGAGAGCAACCCAUCAGAGCCUCAUUCAACACACCAUGUGCAGCCAGAUGCGUCAGCCAUGGCAACAUAUACUUCAGAGGGACCAGAGGUAUUUACAGAGUCUUGCCAGUCUACUGAGAGUAUACAUGGGUCUGAUUUUGUGUCAGAAAAAACCUCCAGCAUUACCCAGGAUGCAGUUAUCACAAAUUUGCUCAUGGAAAAUAAUGUUUUGCCGCAUCAUGCUGGGACACACACUGUUGACACAAGUCCGAUCGCACACACUGUGCCUGUGGAAACUUUCAUAAAUGCUGAACUGUGUCCUGAUCCUACUGAGACUUCAGACAGAAGUAUUAAGACACAGACUGCAGCUACUGCUGCUGUGUCUAACCCAAUGAUACCCUGCUUGGACAGCAGCACACUUUGGCCUUUUACAGUUCAACCACCUGAGCUGCCCACAGGGAAUGAACCUAAUCUAAAUUCCCCCUUCUUAUUGCUAGACAGCUCACCUUUAGCCUUUUCCACACCGCAUGAAGCAGUAGACACUGAUGUUCUGCCUCUGUUCAGCUUCCCCAUAAAGGGCUCUGCUCCAACAAAUUCAUUGCUAAACACUGUACAAGAUUCUGCCCCCAUUCUCCUUACACAGCCCGAUCCUUAUUCCAAAGAAUUUCAUCAGGUAUCCAGGCAUCUAAGCAGUCCCCACCCAGUGAAGCCACUGACACCCCCAGAUGAGAAGAAGUCAGAAGGUCGCUCCGUGCUGGAAAAGCUUAAAUCCACCAUUCAUCCGGGACGGGGUCACCAUGGAGAUCAGGAACUUGAGAAAAAGCCCCUAGUGGAGGGUGGAGGCUCCUACUACCAUCUAAACCACAGUGAGCUGGUGUCCCUGCUGUUACAGCGUGACACUGAGCUCCAGGAUGAGAGGGAGGAGUAUGAGCGUCGGGGGGUGUUGCUGGAGAAGCGGGAAGUGGAGAUAAAGAAGAUGAAGUUUCUGAUCCGAGACCUGGAGGAUUACAUCGACACACUCCUCGUCCGCAUCAUGGAGCAAACGCCGGCACUGCUGCAGGUUCGCCCCAAGAUGAAAUGAGCUGGAACGUGCUUGGCCAACCUUUCACUAACCCUCCACCAACCUUCCACAAAACGCUGGGCAGAUGCCGCAACCCUGCACCGCUACUGCUAACAUAUAAAUGUAGAGUACAGCAACCGGCAUUGCUAAACAGACACAGAGAAGAUGUUGUAGAUUCGGCAUGCUUCACUGUAUUCAAAUAUACCUGAAACUCUGUGUGGAGGGGUAGACCCCUACCUUGGCAGGAUUAAGGGUUGCCCUACACCCUCUCCAAUGUCUUAUUCAAAUGGGAGAAAAUUGACUGAAUUUGCUUUAACUGAUAUUCACUUCUUCUAGACACCAGAUGUCUGAGAGGUGCAGCUCUUUAGCUAGCUACCAAAACCACCUGCCAAUCAAAGAGGGGUCUGGUCUUUAUGUGCUUGUUUGCAGAAAUUUGGGUGAAUAGAUUCUGAUGUUUGAAAUAACGUUUUACCGAAUUCACUCUUUUUGCUCUUCCUUUCCCAUCACAUUAAUGGGACCUAAUGCAUUUUACAUGUAAUGCUGUGCUGCUUGAAAAGGCUGAUUGUAGCCAUGGCGUGAGACAGAAAAAGGGAGAGAAGCAACAGAUAAAGAAAGCGUAAUCAGUUUUGCUUGCGCCUCCUGCCAUGUCUUCCGCACUUUACUGACGAGCAUAGGAGCAGAGGCACGCACUAACACGCUGGCUUCCGGUCUAUGACCUGUCAGUCCCCUGCCUUCCCCCUCCUUGCUUGAGCCAACAUAUGCACAUCGUUACCAGUGCUUUCAGGUGUAAUAAAGGGGAUAUAUACUGUCCUUAUUGCAUAUAUGCCACUCUGACAAAAUGCCAAAUGCUGCCUUAUAUGUCUCUGUUCUGCUGUUGCUGGAACCAUCACUUAUAUUCAGCACCUGACCUUGUGGUAUGACUAAAAGGGACAGUGCGAUUAAACUUGACUACCCACAGACUGUUAGGUUAAGGCAGAUAAAAUUGGAAGACAUUACUGCUAUGAACAAAUAGAAGUGUUUAAGAACAGAGUGGAGGAGAAUUAUGGAAUGCUGAAUGCCCAAAGUUGCUGUAAUUCAGUGUCAGAGUAUUCCCAGUGCAGCCAUGGCUCUGGUUUGCAUCAGCAUCACUGCAUCAUUACAUGAUGUGGCCACUAUCAGUGUUUUGGCAGUGUAGCACCACGUGUAGGUGUGUGGUAGAUAACUUACAGCACUUUCAAACCACACAUAUGCACACACUUGCACACCCACAUUUAAAAUGGUUCUUCCUCACUGAGAAUAGGAAUUGUAUUGAUUGAACACAAAUAUAUACACAUCCACACUGCACUAGCUCUGUCUCUGAACCUAAAAUAUUUACAGUAUUUGUGUAUUACUGUAAGUCCCAUAGCCCAGCCCAGGUAGAAAAUCAGACAUCGGCAUAAUGCAUUUAAAUUAUUAUUGAUAUGACUAGAAGCACUUAAAGGUUCACCCGCUUUGUCUCCUGUUUAAAUGUGGUCUCUGUCUCUUAGAUUGCAUUGAUGUAUAAAUUGAAUAAUUAGACUUGUGCUGUGUUCAGCUGGGAGCAUUUGAAGCAUUCACGUUAGUCAGAGACUGAAAAGUUUACAGUUCUUAACAAAUCUUUUAUGUUUUAUAUUUCAUAUGUUCUUAUUUGAAGAUUAAUAUUUUCAAGUCAUGUGGCGUUCUAUGCUGUUGUUAUCAUAGCUCACAGUUAUGCAUACAAAAGAUACUUUUUCUUUCUCAUUCCUUUAGCCGUUAAGGCAUUAGAUCUUUUUCUUUCUCAUUCCUUUAGCUGUUAAGG